GCGCACAUUCGUUAGUGCUGCCCUUUUAUGCGCUAUAGAUCGAAAUGCGGUCCGCCAUGUUACAAAUGUUUGCUAGAGAAGUAUGAAUGUCGCAAAAUGCCACCGAAUGGAUCCUCGAUGUCAGAUGCAAUUUUCUUUUUGCAAAAAAGAUCUCGAUAUGGAUAAAAACGAUUGCUGCAGAAGGAUUGAUGGAAUUAGCAAGCGAAAGUCUACAUAUGUUUAUUGUCGUUGAUCAUCUCGUCACUUACAUUUAGUGUUGCCUCACUCAAUAGUUUCCCUCCUUCCUCAUAUGUAGAAAGAAUUCAUUCGAUACUCUUUUAAACAUUUAUUAAACGUUCUUCACGUUGUUUGCCUAUUUCAAUUUAUUGCCACCGUUUAAUUACUCAUGUUGUGGUAAUC